GCCGGCGCGGGGGCGGGUUUGAACGGUGGCGGGCGUCGGAGCCUCCCGGGUUGUGGCGCCAAUGGAGCCCGUUCUGACAGGUGUUUCUGCAUUUGUAGAAGUUUGGUCAUCUAAUAGAACAGAAAAUUACUCAAAAACCUUUGAACAGCAACUUCUUGAUAUGGGAGCCAAAGUCUCAAAAACUUUGAACAAACACGUGACCCAUGUAGUCUUCAAGGAUGGACGUUUGACUACAUGGAAAAAAGCACAGAAGAUGGGCGUAAAAACAGUUUCUGUACUUUGGGUGGAAAAGUGUCAAGAAACUGGAGUACGUGUUGAUGAGUCCUUAUUUCCUCCACUGAACACUAGUGAAGGAUUUCCACUACUGAUCAAAAAACACAAAUGUAUGCAGCCAAAAGAUUUUGUUGAAAAAACUCCAGAAAAUGAUAGAAAGCUUCAGAGAAGACUGGACCAGAUGGCUAAAGAUUUAGCUAUACAAAAGACAACAAUUAAUGCUGAAACGGAUGUACCAGUUUUACUAUUUGAAGACAAUGGUUCACUUAUAUACAGCCCUGUUAGUAAGAUGAAAGAUCAAUGCAAUGCAAUUGAAAGAGGAAUGAAGGAUAUGAAGAGAAAAAGAGAAAAUCUUUCUCCUACUGGAGAACAAAUUGAAGACUGCUUGAACUCAAGUUAUGAUUAUCUUUGGGGAACUGAGAAAUUAAAGAGACAGAAAACAGAGGUAGUAGAACACUCCUGUGAUACUUGGACUGAUAGUUUUGUAUCCACAAGUGCAUCAGUGAAUUCUUCAUCACGGGGCAAUGAGCAAAAAAGCUUAACACCAAAACGACAUACCAGAAGUAGUUUAACAAAGAAACAGAUUAUACAGCACACUUUGGAUGACAAAUUGUCUUUAGAAAAGAAACAACCAAAGUUUCCAAAGAAAAAUCAGAAGAAUGAAAAGAGCAAGACUACUUCAAUUGUAAAUGAAAGUUCUCUUCUCAGGGACUUCGAUCAUAUUACUCCUUCCAAAAAAAUAGUGCAGCUAAAUACUGUUCCUUCUUUGAUUGACAGUCUCUCUAAUUCACCUAUGAAUAGUGAAGACUUAAAUACAUGUUCACUGGAUAAAAGCUUCCCUGUUGACAAAAAUGAUAGUAUUCUUGAAGUCAAGAAGAGGAAGAAACUACAACCAUUACCUAAUUUGAAGUUGUUUACCUCAGAACUGAGUGCAGCAGGGUCUAAAGGGCUCUUGCAAGCAGUAACUACUAGCAAGUCGUAUUGUACUGAAGAGGCUUCUUAUGAAGACUUCUUUUCAUCAUCUAAUUUAAAUGAAAAUCAGGUACAGAUAAGAGUGCCAGAUGAAUCACAGAGUCGUCCUGAAGUUUGUUGCAAAGACUCUUUUGCCAGCAGGGACUUCUGUCAUGUGAGUUUCUCUAAGCCACAUAAUACUACCAAGAAACAUAGGAAAAAGUCUAUUUCAGUGCAUGAUUUUCCAGUAAAGAAAAAAUUGGAACCAGCUAAACUUCCCAGAAACAUGCCAUUAAAUAUAUCAGGUGGCACUGCAGAGGCUCUAGAUUCUGGUGAUGUGAAUAGGCUGCCUCAGCAUGCUCAUGGAAAGUCCUACAGAAACAAUGUGAAUUACUGUGCUCAUACUACUGGUAAGUUACUACCUAGAGCUGGAAAAUCAAAAGAUAUCAUACUCUUACUUCUCCAAGUGAUAGAGGAGCCGACAAGGAGAGGUGCCAUGCUGGACCUUGUCCUCACCAACAGAGAAGGGCUGGUGGGGAAUGUGAAGCUCAAGGCCAGCCUUGGCUGCGGUGACUAUGAAAUGAUGGAAUUCAGGAUCCUUGGGGCAGUGAGGAGGGCACACAGCAAGCUCACCACUCUGGACUUGAGGUCAGCAGACUUUGACCUCUUCGGGGAUCUGUUUGGUAGAGUGAUGAAAAUGAAGUUUCAGAGUGUCAUGUUACUGAUGGCUCUUGCAAAGUUUUUAAUGAAUGAAAGAAUAAAUGCAAAUGGAGGAUUAAGAAAAGCUAGAAGACUCCGAACGCCAAAGGACUGGAAAGAAGCAUCUACUCUCCCCUUAACCUUUGGCUAUUCUAAUAGAAAAAGUCAGUCUCCAGUUUUGCUAACGAUCGCAGGCAGCAUCUGGGCUAAUCUCUGCCUUUCUUUUGGAAGAAACUGGAAUUUUAAAUUACAGGUUUUCUUUGUUGUAGGAAGCAGUAAUACAGUAAUUCAGGUGAUGAAAAGAACUUGGAGACUUUUGUUCUCAAAUGAUGUAUGUGGAACAAGAAGUCAUGUAGUUACUGGGGAUCCUCAUCAUACCUUGAAUGUUAUGCUGAGAAUUGCUCAUGGGUGUUGGAUUGUUUCUUAUGAAUGGGUUCUGUGGUCUUUGGAACUGGGCCAUUGGAUUUCAGAGGAACCAUAUGAGCUUUCGUCCAGCUUUCCUGCAGCUCCUGCAAAAGGUUGUAUUGCAACUCUAUUCAUGUUCUUGGAAGAGCAUAUGAAACUCAAGUCCAUGACAAGGUUUCUACAGUGUAGGAUCACGGCCUACAGACCAGAUAAGAUCUGCAGACUUCAGUGUCACCUAUCAACAAGAAAAUACUAGCAGAAUCUUUUUUCAAACCAGCCUGUCAUGUUUAUAUCUCCUACCAGUCAACCACCCUGCAAAAAGCUCAUUGAACUUAUACAGCUGUCAGGGGGGAAAAUACAUAAAGCCUCACAUCAGGCAAAAAUCUUUAUAAGAAAAAAAACAAGGAAAGAAGUACCAGGAAAUAAUAUAUUUAUCAUAAACAAGUGUAU